AUGUCCACCAAAGGCUCCGUCGGUAUUGAUUACAGACGCAAGUCAGUGUACACUCAUUCCGAGUCCGUCGUCAAACCCCAGGCCGCCAUGUCCCCCAAGAAACGAGAAAGCUCUCACCAGAACGCCACAACCACAAAUGGCAAAGUUAUUCCUUUUAUUCCUCGCAACCUUGUUGAACAACUUCCGCUCAACCUGGACGCCCAAACCCUAAUUCCAUCAUCUCCGGUCCAGAUUUCUUUGAGAGGUUGCAGUGAGAAUUGCAGUAUAAGGCCGUGUUUGCAGUGGAUUAAAAGCCCUGAGUCUCAGGCGAAUGCUACUGUGUUUCUCGCCAAGUUCUACGGCCGAGCUGGGCUCAUGAACCUCAUCAACGCCGGUCCUGAACACCUUCGUCCUGCGAUUUUUCGGUCUUUGCUUUACGAGGCAUGCGGGCGGAUAGUUAAUCCGAUUUAUGGGUCCGUCGGUUUGUUAUGGUCCGGGAGCUGGCAGCUGUGUCAGGCCGCCGUGGAAGCUGUCUUGAAGGGCGCUCCAAUCACGCCGAUCACCUCCGAGGCGGCCACCAACGGGAGGGGCCCACCUCUCAAGGCUUACGACAUACGCCAUGUGUCCAAAGACGAGGCGAACUUGGCCGCGUCAAGCGAUGCUCAACGAGUCGUCAAGAGUCGCACGAGGUUCAAGCGCUCCGUCGGCGGCGUCAAGCCGAAAGCCAACGACAAAGCAGAGACCGGCUCGUUAACCGUUAAGCCUGCUCCGCCAGCACCCGACGCUCCAAUCAAUUCCUGGACCGGUUGUUGUGCUGCUAAACCGGCUGUGAACCGAUCGGGAAGCCACGAGUCAUCGCUGAGCCACCAGUCGGAGGCAGUUAACGAGAGCAAAGAAAGCGAGAGCAUGAUCUCCGUGGAGACCGCCGAGACGUCGAUCCUCUUCCGAGACGAGCCGGAAUUCACCGGCAAGGCCAGCGGACGAACCGUCGAGGAAACAACCGAUGUAGGCCUAGAGUUAACACUAGGAUUCGAACCGACAUCGCCUGCGAACCGCGUGGUACCGGUGAAGAAGAGGAAGAUCGAGUUCAAGGAUAGUGGGAACUGGUCAUCGUGCAAAAUGGACCUGGGACUUGAGUUAUCGGGUUGAACCGAUCCAACUGCUAGUCCACCAGUUUUGUCUUAAAUCGGCUUUUCUCAGUGUGUUUAUUUUAGAUAACAGAAACAAAUAAUUUGCUUUCUUUUUUUUUUUGGGUUGGACCUCUGAACUCGGUGUUGUACAAAAAUGGUGGUUAUGUGGGGAGGAAAAAGAGAAGGACAGCGGAAAAUGAGGGGCUGAAUUGGAAAUGAAAUCCUUUUUUCUUGCCUGGUGUAACGCGGUGUCGUUUUUCUACUGUGUUACUGAGGGGAAAAGGUUCUUAAUUAGGAAGAAAGGACGUGAUAUAAAUAAAGCAAAACCAGUUAGGUCAAGUUUCU